CAGCGCUCCAUCACUGACACACACAUGAAGAAUGGGCAGAUGAUCAUCCCCGUUUGACUCAACGCAGCUUCUCCUUCCUCUUUUGCCGCUCGCCCUGACAUGGGAUGAUAUGGGAUUUUACAUGUCGACGAAGAUCGGGGGGAUUCUCGCGUUUGCUCUGGUGUUCCUGUCCGUCUCGGUGUCAGGAGACUCAGUAGACGUCAAGUGUGAAAAGGUUUACAGGGACUUUUCCUUCUGUGUCCUGGAGCUGGGAGAGAGCAUGGACAACUAUCAGGAGAACGUGACCAGUGAGAGUGGAGUGGCGGCCGUGUGCAGCCACUGGGAAGCCUUCCACACAUGUGCCCUCACAGCGCUGACCGACUGUCAGGAGGAAGUCAGCUCCAUCUGGGAGACGCUGAGGCAGGACUCCAGGAAGAUGCGCUUCCAGGGAAGUCUGUUCGACCUGUGUAGCCCCAGCUCUGCUCCCAGCAUAUGUCCAAAUCUCGCGGCACUUACUCUGCCACUGCUGCUGAUCGUGACUGGGCCCAGCUGGCCCACUGUAUAG